AUGCUAAGAGUAGUGGCAAUUCAUUAUCGUGCCAGAAUCACGGCGUUUAACCCUUGGAAAAGUAGACCUGCAGGACUAAAUCUCAAUGGACGUCCGCAGAUGGUGGAUCCGCGGUAUUUUAAAGGUACCUACAGACGCCAAAAUCCAGAUGACCCCACGCGCCUUCUCAAGAUGAAACAUGUGCUUUUAAAACGCUGCCGCUCAUGUAGGCGUACGCUUUUCGUGCCUCUUAGCCAAAAAGAUCAUUUUCACACCUGUUGUGAAGGGGUCCCGAUGAAGGUCUAUGCGAAUAUGGAGACUGUGAUGAACUCGGAACACAAACUUUUAGCCCACUCUAGGCAGUGGGACGUCGAGAAUGAUCGUCCAUGGUGCAACUCACACAAGCCGCGACCCAAGGGCAGGUCCAAGUUUAAAAAAUAA